UCCAGACAUGGCAGGUUUGGUUAGGUUUGCUGCAGAAGAAAAAAACAAUGACGUUUAAGAGCCAUACUCACCAAUUAUGCACAAAGGAAAGAAUCCGCAGAGCAUAAACAAUUAUUUUAAGAAACUAAAUAAACAAUCAUGGAAAUGGAACAUUCUAUUUCACUGAAGCCUAAUUGGGAAUAAACUUGGUAGUUGCUACAUAACAACAGAAGGGUCCCAAUAUAAACUUUUUGUCUACCAAACUCAAAAAGUUGAAGGUAGGUUUGGAUCUUUCCUUCUCAUUGUUUUCCCACUUCCUUAGGCUUGUCUUCUAUCGUUAAUAUUAAAAGGGAUCGAAACAGACCUCGUCUUCCCAAUUUUUUUUGUGAGAAAAUGGAAAGAGAGAGAAUCCAUAUUUUCAUGACAAUUGUCACUAUAUGGUAGCUCCUUUACAGUAUCCUCUUCUAUUGUCUUUGUUUGAUUCCACUUGUGAUCUUCCUCCUCCCCACAACUUAAGCCCAACUUCUCUUUUCCAAAGACAGGGAAUAUAAAGAGCACUUCUCGCUUUCAUAACUUUUGUAGGAAACCCACAAGGAAUAUAGAGAACACUACCAUGACGGACUCCAACCCACCACUCUUCCAUCGAUAUGAGUUGCUUUUGCAAUCCAAAGCUCAAUUACAACUACUUAACAAUGGCAAUCAACAAAUUAACUCUGUCAUGGAGGAAUGUCAGCUUCCUCUUAUUGAUCUUACAGGUUUGGAAAGUAGCAAUGAAAAGGAGAGGAGGGCUUGCAGUAGAGAAAUUUUUGGAGCGUCGGCAGAAUGGGGAUUCUUCCAAGUGAUAAACCAUGGGAUACGCACAGAGCUGCUGAGCAGAAUGAGCAAAGAACAAAUGAAGUUAUUUGGGGUACCAUUUGAGAAAAAAUCUACAAGUGGGAUUUUGGAUCAUUCUUACAGAUGGGGAACACCAACUGCAGCCCACCCAAACCAGUUCUCUUGGUCUGAAGCUUUUCACAUUCCCCUCACAAAGGUCUCUGAAGCUGCCUGCUAUGGCGAGUUCAUUAACUUAAGGGAAGUGAUGGAGGAACUGGCAACCGCCAUGUCGAAGUUAGCAAGAUCUUUAGCAGGAGUUUUAGUGGAGUGUUUGGGCCACCGAAAAGAAAUAUUUGACGAUAUCUGCGACGAAAGCACAUGCUUCCUCCGAUUGAAUCAUUACCCAAUCUGUCCAUUUCCCGGCGAAGUUUCCGGCCUGGUGCCCCACACGGACAGCGAUUUUCUUACCAUACUUCAUCAAGAUCGCAGCGGCGGGCUGCAGCUGAUGAAAGGAUCGCAAUGGGUAGCUGUAAAACCCAAUCCAGAAGCCCUUGUUGUCAACAUUGGAGAUCUUCUACAGGUGUGGAGCAAUGAUACUUACAAAAGUGUGAAGCACAGGGUCGUGACUAAUUCAAUGCGGGAAAGAUAUUCGAUAGCGUACUUCCUCUGCCCUUCUUAUCAUUCUCCAAUUGGGAGUUGCAGACAACCUUCACCGUAUAGACACUUCACUUUCGCUGAGUACAGAAAGCAAGUUAGAGAUGAUGUGGAAAAAAUUGGAUACAAAGUAGGUCUUUCAAAAUUUCGGCUCGUCAAUAUCAAUACCAAUUCAAACUCAAAUAACUAG